GGUCUCCCCGCAUCCGCAAGGCUUCCCAUGUCUGUCACCUCGUUUUCCGAUCUCCCCGGAUCCCCUGCCACACCUUACUUGGGUUGGCUGAUGGGUCUCUUUCACAGCACCCUGCAGAUCUCCACAAAGUAGUCGGAUGUCUUGGAUCGAGGGCUGGGCUGUGAUGUCAGGCCACCGGCAUCUCACGGUCACGUGCGCAUUUAGAGCAAUGGGCAACCCACCCGGGGUCGCGUGCAUUGGUCCUGUACCACGAAACAUGGCCAGCCGGAUGCACGCGGGCAUGAACUGCUGUUGUGCGAGCCAAAGGACGACUCGAUCGUGGCAUCGGCUGUGCCCUGUGCUGUACCAUCAAUAGCAUCCGCGUGCUCGUAUACCAACAUGUUGAAGUCUGGGACACUGUUUUUAGGAUACGAAGUGGUGGCUGGGGAGAUGGAAGCCUCAUGCGAUUAGGAUUGACGGUGAGGUCUGGACAGAUCUGGUUGAAGAUCUGUACCGAUGUUGAUGAUCUAGUGUUGAGGUAUAGGGACGAGAAAAGGUAUAAAGUGGUCGUGUCUGCUCGUCGAGAUACAGCUUCAUCAUCAGCAUCAACAGCCUCACAAGCCAUCAGAACCAGUCUUCAGACCAAAGAACUCUCUAUCUCACUCAUCUACUCUUCUACUUCUUCACAAAUCUCAUCUACUCCGUUCAAGAUGAAGUCCUUCACCACCAUCAUUGCCUCCAUCCUCAUCGCCGCCGUCUCGGCCGCCCCUGCCCCGGUGGACAUUGAAGCCCGGGUGAACAGCGUCACUGUUUCCCUCGCCAACGACCAGAGCGGAGCCAACGCGGGCGUACCCAUCCCCGGCGACGGCGUCACCCGCAGCAUCCAAACCCUCUACGGCGGCACCGCGGUCGGCUCCAGCGGCAAGGUCCUGUCCUCGUCGGCCCAGCUGACCAACUUCUCCCAGUGGUCGAGCUGCAACAUCGUCAAUGGCGGCAAGAGCAUUGCCUACCUCAACUCCCAGCGCACCUUUGCCGAUCUCGAUGGCAACCCGAACGCUGCGAUUCCUGUUGACUUGAGCGGCGCCACCAUCACCUGCUGGGCUUGAGUUAUUCGUUGUAGAAGGUGACAGGGGGGAGCGGGGCUGAGGGGUUGCCCUAGACAGAUGAAUGAUCUUUCG